CCCCCCGUUCCCCCAUACCGGUAACCUCCACCGCCAUUCCCAAUAACAACACUUACUAAACACCAAACACUAAUAACCUACGACGCAACUUACGAUUUCCCUCUCCUUUCUACAAGCAAGCGAGCAAACCUCAGCGAAACAUUAUGGACGACUUUGCCCAAACACGGGAAGAUGACGAUCUCUUCGAGAGCGAGAUCUCGGCGCCAGUUCUACCUCCUCCAACUGCGCCAACUGAGCCUAGAGCUUUCACGAAUCGCAGUGGGAGGGAACGCGGCAGGGGAUUUUACCAGGCUCGCGGUGAUCGUGAGAAGAGUGCGCCGGCGGAAGGUGUUGCUUCUACUGCUGGGACAGAAGCUACGCAGAAGAAGGACAUAGACAGGACACUCUCAGGCGACGAACUGGCCGCUCGUCUAGAACGCGUAAAACUCAACAACCAGCGACUCAUCGAGCGUCGCCGAAAAGCCGAAGAAGAUGAAAGUUCCUUCCAAGUCGCUGAGGAAGCCCGCAAGCAGGCCGACGUGCACAAGCGUCUCGCAGAUCGCAAAAAACGUGCGGAGGCAGAUAGGAAUCGCAAAGAAUUGGAUGAUGAGAGGGAGAAGAAUCGCCAGAGAAAAUUGAAUGCUGUACAAACCAGGGAGUGGGAUUCUACCAAGACGGAGGAGGAUUAUAAUCCCAGGAGUCGAUCCUCGGGAUUUAGGCGUGGUGCGCAUGGAGGGGUUGCAACGGCUACUCCACCUAGAGGUGCGCCAUCGGGACCCCGCGCUGGUGUGGGUUCUCCGGCGAGGGCUACGGUUGAAGCGGUGUCGGCGCAGGAGUGGCCGGAAUUACCUGGGGGGAAGCUGAAGGGUAGAGCUAAAGGGCCGAAAGGUGAGGCGAAGAAGGGCGAGCUUAAGAACGAUGAGGAAGUUAAGCAGGAGGAAGGGGGGGUCAAGAGUGAGACAAAUGAGGACCAGAGAAAAAACCCCACCAUUGAUACCACCGCAGCAAAAGGCAAACCUGCACUUCUAUCUCCCACCACCGGCGGUUCCUCUUGGGCAGAACAGGUAGAAGCCGGAUCGCCAGUCGUCACCACUACUGCAGCUACUGCUACUUAAUUCCUUCCUUCCUCACUCGUCUUCCGUACCUCAUCCAUCCAUUACGUUCGGGAUGCUCGCUCGCCCGCUUUGAUAUCAAAAGUUUCUUCUGCUUACAGACUGUAUUGCUAAAAAAACAAAAAAAACAAGGCUUUUUAAUCACAAAA